AUGGCAAACGACGCAAGUCCAUCAACUCCUCAAAAAUAUGAGGCAAAUCACAGAUGGUUAAGAUUAGCGGGAUCAGGACUAUUCGUUUCUUUCUUUUGCGUCACCAAGGAGUUAGACCGACCACCCGGUUAUGGAGAAGUGAUGAAUACAAGAACACAUAGAACAUACCAGCACACCCCGUCAUUACCACUGGAGUUGAUAAAUUUGGUCGGCCGCUACUUGCAAUGGUCACUCGUGACUCAAAAGCCUUCAAACAUUGGAA